UCGAGUUUGGCACUUUGAAAUUGGCCGAUCAUGAAAUCCAUGAACGGUUUUGACCCAUGUGACACUUCAAUGCUGAAAUGCACUUAUGUACAUUCGAAGUAAAUAAAUGUUCUUUUAUCAUAGGCCUGUUGAGCAACUGAAGUAAGAAAUGCUAACCAAGGUCCCUGAGUUAUUGGCUGGAUCUCGAAACGGUCCCUAACGACCCAAGCUUUGGUUAUGGGGAAUGUUUGGGGACGACCAAAUAGAGGCAUGAAAUUGAAAAAGAAAGCUUCGUCUCUUGUGUAUUUUUUCUCAGACCUUUUGACUUACGUCCAUACGAAUAGGCAAGGUAAUGCCUUAUCCACGGUUAAAAAUAAUGAGCCCAUAGUCAUCGGUCAAGAUGGGAUGCAACGAGUCAAAAGUGCAGGAUGUUAAGGAAAACCAUGUCGAAAAAGACAAACUUGUCACACCCAAUUCCAAAGACAGCGACUUUGUCAUCAUACUCGACCAGGCCAUUGACGAGAAGACAACCGAUAACACGGAUUCGAACGGAUCAAAGCUGACCAAGAGCAAACGAUCCAAGGCCAAGAAACCAAAGCCUCCAGAUCCCCCCAAAGAAGUGGAAGCUGCCAGUCGGAUCCCCUUGGUUGGACAUACUCAAAAUGUGGAUAUUUGCGCUUGGAACCCAGUUCAAGACAUUCUUCUUACCGCUGGCACAGACAGGAAAAUGUUCCUUUGGGAUUUCCAACCUUCUGUCACCGAACCCAGAGUCAACGAGCUCCAAUUGGACCAUUCUGAUUCGGCGAGUUGUGCCGUUUGGUCCGACUCUGGAAAAUGGCUAGUAUCCGGUACGGAGCACGGAAAAGUGAUAUUGUGGAACAAUUUAGGCAAAGCAUUGGAUCAAUGGACCCCACAUGAAGGCAUGGCUAGAGCUAUUUCCGUUCAAGGAAAUAAAAUCCUUAGUUGUGGGGGAGGCUGUGUCUCUGUGAUCGACAAGUCCAAGAGAGUUUGGAGUCGCACUGCUUGGAAUCCUACCGAGUCAAUUGCUGUGGAGUGGAUUUCAGAAAAUCAGUUUCUAGUCGGGGAUUACAAUGGUCUUAUUUACUUGGACUCCGUGGAGGACGGACAAAUGAAGAAGAUUGAUGAGAAUGGAGAGUACUCAGAUAGUGAGCCUGAACAUAAAUACAAGGCCCAUAGCGGGGGCAUUUACAAAAUCGUGCGGCACUCAUCACGAUCGAACGUGUUUGCAUCGUGCUCCGUGGAUUGUAACAUCAACGUCUGGUCGGUUGACAAGAAGUCUCCGAUUGCCAUCCUCUCCGGCCACUUUGGCUAUGUGGUAGACUUGAAUUGGCUUCCAAAUGCCGACAUUAUCGUGUCAGCUUCGUUUGAUGGGAGUAUCAAGAUUUGGAACUCGCGCUCUGGAGAUUGUCAGAAGACCCUUGAAGGACACCACGGCCACGUGACGAAAGUGAGUUCCAGCCCCAAUGGGAAAUAUCUGGUCUCGAGUGGUCAUGACGGAUACUGCAACUUCUGGUCGAUGGAAAGUGGGGAAUUGGCAAAUUCCAUUGAAGCUAGUGGGCGUUUGCUUCACGCCUCCUUCAAUGCAGGAGGCUCGUACGUGGCAAUGACAAGCUACGGUUCUGUUGAAAUAUUGAAGCUUCAAUUUAAUGAGAAAGAAGGAAAGCUUCGAAAUAAAUAGAUAGUUUUAUAAUUCCAUCCUGAUUUAAAUACGUGUCGAAUAAGAAUUGGACAUUCAGGUCUCGUGCACCCUCCUCUCCUCUACAAAGGAGUCUAAAAAAGGCAAAAAAAAGGAG